UCACAAACUUUUUACAUUUUCCUCCAAAUCAUAAACCCUAUAUAUAUUUUUUCUGAAGUCUAUAAGAAUUAUGUAGUGAGCACUGAGCAACCCCUAGUUGUUCUAACAAGAGGAUCCUCCUGGUUCUCCCUAGACAAGAAAGGGAAAGAUGAUUGGUAACGAGAGCAGAAACAGAAGCAACCCAAAUGUAAAUUCCGUAUUCUACGCAGAAAUCUACCAUCCCAUUCAAGCUGGCAGUAUUGAUGGCACUGAUAUUCUUCCUCACGACAACGCUGUUUACAGAGCUCUUCUCUGCUCUUCUGCUGGCCUAUAUGACCCAUUUGGUGAUCCUAAAGUUAUAGGGGACCCUUAUUGUACUUUGUUUGUGGGUCGCCUUUCUCGUUCCACCUCCGAAGAUACCCUUCGAAAGGCCAUGAGCAAAUAUGGUCGCGUGAAGAAUUUGAGGCUAGUAAGGGAUAUAGUUACUGGUGCAUCACGUGGUUAUGCGUUUGUUGAAUUUGAAACAGAGAAAGAAAUGAGGCGUGCAUAUGAGGAUGCACACCAUUCUUUCAUUGAUGAUUCUGAAAUCAUUGUUGAUUACAACAGACAACAACUAAUGCCUGGAUGGAUUCCAAGAAGAUUAGGAGGAGGCCUUGGUGGUAAGAAGGAAUCUGGGCAACUUCGUUUUGGAGGACGGGAAAGACCAUUUCGUGCUCCACUGCGACCUAUCCCUUACGAUGAUUUGAAAAGGCUUGGCAUUCCACCUCCACCGGAAGGGAGAUAUAUGUCACGUUUCCAGGUUCGAUCACCACCUCGGAGGAAAAGGAACUCUCAAGAGAGAGAAAUGUCUCCACCGAGGAGAAAAAGAAACUACGAAGAUACAGGAACAUCGCCUCCUAGGAGGAAAAGGGAUUCUGAGGAACGAAGAACUUCAUCGUCUAGGAAGGAAAGGGAGUCUAGAGAUAGGAGAGCAUCAUCUUCAAGGAGGGAAAAGAAGUCUGAAGAUAGAGAAACAUCUUCACCUAGGUGGAAAAGGAGCUCCCAAGACGGGGAAAGCAAAAGGGAGAAGCAUUUACACCGACAUCAUAAGCGCACGAGACACACUACUCCUCACAAUACGAGUCGUAGGAGUAGAGAGAGCUCAUAUGACUAAGGAUCGGCAGUAAUGCCAAAGCCUUGAUAUCAAAGAUAUAGAGUUAGCUACUUGAACAAAACCAAAACACGAGGUCAUUACCAACAAUGAUGAUAGACAUUUUCGGUUCUAAUGCUUAUGGAGCACAAUUAUCUACAUAAACUUCUAUAAUUAACGAUAUAUUUUGCUUUCUCAGUAUGGAACUUGCUAGUUUUUUGUGUCGUUAAAUAUGGUAUGUAAAAUUAGCAAAUCUUUUUGUAUUAAGAUUAUUGUAAAUGAGCAAAGUUGGAGUUCAACACUAAAGGAAAUAAAUCAAGUCCAAUGCACAUGGAAUAGUUUGUCAGAUUCUAAGGAAUGUAAAUGCGCAUUUGCAAUAAUUAUUACAAAGUUCAUUGGACUUCACAUAUGACAAGAAACUUCCUUAUUUACAUAAUGAACAGCUCAUAUACAAUUUCAAACAAAAGUGUUGCAACAAAAGUAAAACGCUAUG